AUGUGUAACUACAAUAACUUGUUUGACGUCGCCAUGGCUUCUAAAGCCUCUGAGAUGAUCUCGCCUUCUGGAUCCCAAUCAAGGGAUAAACGCGAAGGAGAAAGCGCGGGCUGGACACCUCCUUCACUCGGGUACAACAGGAAAAGCAAUGCGGGAGACGCAGAAGGUCUUGCCCAUCAGGCACUCGGGGGCUUGUGGGAACUGUUGGAUCACGAAGGCUUGACCGACUUUGGUUCUACCAAUGCACGCUUGAUCAAAGCCUCCAAGGUCACAAUGUGCAUUUGGGCCGUCUUGACUACUUCCGUCUAUUUGUUUUCUCCUUCUCAUGUGUUUGAACGAGCGUCCAGCUUGGAAAGUCAGGUCUGCACGGUGGCCUUUUGCCUGCUCCUCAUGAGCAAUGUAUCUCGCUUCUUACCUCUCUUUUACGCCGACAGUGUCUUUGCCAAUCGCGGCAUGAAUGGAACCACGGCACAGCUCAGUUUCACCAAGAUGGGCGAAAGUGGCUUUUUGGUCGCGGCCUUUACCGUCCAAUUCAUCGCCAUGGUGGCCUGUGGACUCAUGGCAUUCUUUCCCACUCCCAUCCUCAUUGAUCCCAUUUCUCAUACGCGAGUCUACCUGGUCCGAUGGUGCGAAUGGGCCCCCUUGGGAUUCCUCCUGACCUUCUUGUCGGAAGAAAUUGAUGUCCCGACGCCCGCCAAUCGACGCAUGAGUCUCCUUCAUUCCAUUGUACAAGGCGUGGCUGUCACUGCUGGCUUUAUGUUUCCCUUUGUGUCCAAUCCCAAACUCUGGUGGACCAUUGUCGCCAUUGCCUGUGCCAUGUUCUCCUCGUUGUUUGUCCGCGUCUGGCAAAAGCAACAGCGCCUCGAAGCCUUGCGACAAGAAGAACUGGCCCGUCCGCUGUUGCGAACCGGACGUGUCUGCGAAGCGUACGAGCGCUGCCGUCUCAGUCAUCGAUCACUGGUGGAAUGCGCCGUGGUGUGGACACUCUUGGUCGUGCUGCACUUUGCGGCAGCAUUUCUCCCUCAUUUCAUGGACACCAAACAAUACUUCAACAUGGAUCCACUGGCGCUCCCCAUGAUUGCCGAAACCUUUUGUGAAGUCCUCUCCAAGCAUUUGCACAUUCUUGUGGUCGAAUCCGUCUUUCAGUCGUUCAGUACGGGAUCUCGCAGUCGACGCGUCUUGGAUCAAUUGCGACGGGUCAUGAGUGCCUUUUGGGAACGGGCGUCCGAUGCGCUCGUAUUGAGUUUGCGCACCAAGAACAAUCAUCGCAUCUGUCUCGCGAGUCCGACCUUUUUGGCAUUUAUGGGAUUGGAGAAUGAGAAUCAAAGCAUGGCGUUGGUGUUUGAACUGGUGGAUGAGGACGACGAUCAUCAUCAUCAUCACGGCACACCACCACAAGAACAGACAAGUACCAGUACGAGUCCUUUGCUUCCUGCCCAAAGAGCCUACAUUGUCAACUUGGAAGAACUCAAAGCAGGCGACAUGUGGGCCAGUAACAGAUCUGUUACCUUGCUUCCUCCGGACAAGUGGCGUUACGUGGAAUCCAUUAGUUCUUUGAUUUUGAGCAAUUCCAACAACGAAAGCGGCGUGGCGAAUCAUCAUCAUCAAGUACACAGCUUUCAACGUCCCGAUGGAAACAACAUUCACUGCGAAGCCAUUGCCACCAACAUGGAAGGAGGAUCCACUCUUCUUGUCUUGAGGGAUAUUUCGGACCGCAUUCGUCGCUUUGAGGCAGAAAAGAAGCUCGCCGUAGAGACGACCGAGCGAGAAAAGGAUUCACAAACCAACCGAUUCACUCGUCACGAGGUCAAGAAUGGUCUGCUGGCGGGAAUAUAUCUGUGUGAUACAAUGAAGGAGAACUUGAAGGCCAAAGCUUGUGGUUCUUGUUCUUCUGGAGGGACGGGGACCAAACAUGGCAGCAACUGUCAAGACCCUGCUCUCACCGAACUGGAAUCCACUCUCCAUGAAGUGUUGGACACUGUUCUCUCCGAGGCAAUGUCGCGAGACGUCAUUCAUGAAGCGUACAUGCCAAGAGAGGAAGCGGUCGACAUUGCCGGUAUUCUUGGGACGACACGCUCUGAAGUCAGAAGGUUCCCUCUCGAGGUUGUGCCUCCCAAGCUUCCUUUGUUUUUCAUGGACAAACAGCUCCUGCGAUACAUUCAUCGAAACGCCCUCUCCAACGCCUGCAAGUAUGGGAAGCGUGAUGGGGUCGUCCAAACAAUCCUCCAGUACAAUGAAGAAACUCGACUGCUCAAUAUUGAAAUCAUUAAUGAGCCAGGGAAUCAUCACGAACGCCUCAUGACCAUGGGAGGAGAAGCUACCAAGGGAGUCUUUGAACCGGGACACCAGCUUCACAAAACAUGGGAUGGUACCGACGUGCGUGAGGCGUCCGUGUCCUCUGGAGAUGGAGCUUGGAUCAUGCGAAAAUGCGCUCGCAUCAUGGGUGGUGACACUACCAUUACGUUCAACCCAGAGAGGACAAUCUUCAGGCUGACCAUCCCUGCCAAACCUGUGGCGGAAGUCAAGGUUGGCGAUGGAGACUGUUCUACGUUCGCCAUUCCACAAAACACUUGGGGCAUUGUGGUGGAUGAUAGCAAAGUGCAAAGAAAGCUCUUGGGGCGCUUUCUGUCUCUUAUUGGGAUCCAGCCCGAACGUCAGGUCAUCUUAGGAGCAACUGUGGAAGAAGUGCAUAAAUUUCAUAGCCAUGUGAAGGAACUGAUGCAAGAGCACCAAGAGUGCAAAUUCUUUGUCAUUGCUGAUGAGAACCUGGACUUCACUGAUGGCGGUAUCAAUCAUCAAAAUAUCUCUGGUUCCCUUUGCGUUCAGCGUUUGUUGAUGUCGCUGGAACCCGCGGAGGAGAAGCGUCUCCUAGCUGUGGUUCGAUCCGCAAACGACUCUAGUGUAGAUUUGGAAACCUACAAGAGACGAAGCCACGGAUUCCUGCCAAAAGAGCCCAUUCGAAAAGAGAACGUAAUGGAUUUGAUUCGUCCUCUCUGGGAAGCUCGCUUUCCGCAAGUUACUUCAGACUCAAUGGAGGGAACACGAGGCAAUGAAGGCGUCAACGCCACUGGGGCCUGCACCAUUGCCAGCACGUCUUCCACGGAUCUGAUCCAGAAUGUAGAGGUCCUCGAUGGUCUCAUCCAACGACUGGUGACAAAUGCAGACCUCGAAGUUACUCUGUGGCCGCAGAUCAAGGAGAAGUUCCUCGUAUUGCAAGGUGACAUGAUGACGUUGACAGAUCACUCUGCACCUCGAGUGUCCGCAGUAAUUGAUGCUUUGAAGGACUUGAGGGAGUUGGAGGUUUCACCGGUGGAUAUGAGGACUCGAUGGCAGCUAAUCCGAUCACUGAUAAUAUCGUUAGUGUAA